AUGAAGUAUUCUAUGCUCUCUGUUGCAGCCUUCUUUGCUGCGUUCUCUCUGGGUUCCCCAGCAUACUACUGGAGUAUGCAACAAGCCGAGGCUGGUGAAGCUAUUAUAACGAAUGACAUGAACAACCCCGUCGAUGUGGUUAAAGUACCAGGAGGGCCAGAAAUCCAGAUUGCGCAGACAGGAGGAGAAGCUAGAUUUCCUGGAGGGCCAAGCGCGGACCUGAAAAUCAACGGACAGGUAGAGGUCAGCUAUGUUGGUGGUAAUGAAGACACGUUUAAUUACCAGGUAAAGCCGAUCGCUCCCGGCUUUGUCGGAUGUGUCCAGGUUUCAACCGUCGGAUGCAACCAAGACUAUCUAGAGUGGUGCUCUCAACCAGGUCCAUCGACUAUCAUUACAUGUCCCGCGGGCACAGAACUCCCGAUCAGUCUGACUGAAUUGCCUAAUUUAUGGAACUUCUACGAUUAUUAG